AUAGUUUGGGUUAGCACGUGACCACGCGUCACACAUCAACGCGCCUGACAGUGAACUGGCCAAACCCCGCUAACAAGCAACCAAACAACUCUAUACCACAGCCUGAAGUGUUUGUGUCCCUUUGUAAACAACAAGACAUGAACAGUUCAACGUGACACCAUGUCCUACUAUGAUAUUGACUCAAUCUUGACCGACGCACAAAAACUGCCCUGUACAUUCGAGCUCGAGGUACCAGGGCUGGGAAUCCUCGAGGGCAACCCAGGCGAAGAUAUCAAAGCCGGAACCCGGAUUGAUCUACCAUUAUGGCUUGGUGAAAUGCUCUCGAUCGGAGCACGACUGGGCACAUCCCGUCUAGUCACGCUCGACAUGCCCGAAGCGCUCUCAGAACGGGUGAUGAACGCACUAAAGGCAGACCCCCGCACGAUCGACCUGCGCGCAUUAGCGCCGCAUUUCUACAAUCUCAGCGAACGCAUUCUCGAACUCUUCGAAGAAGAAGAGAUGGUCGAGGUUCUCAGCGAUACGUUCAAGAAACGGGCGGCAGAGAUUGCAGACCACGCGCACAAUUCACGUGGUGCGGUUGGUGACGGAGUUGAUUUCCUUCGUGGUUUGGAUGAGACUGAGCGACAGUUGUUCCGGGCUGCUCAUGAUCGAGCUAAGGAUAUGCGGAUUUGGUCUGGAGAGGCGAAGCGGAAAUGAUAGGGUUUGUGAUACAUGUAGGACAAUUUUUUCAUAGACUGAGCUGUGCUCGUCUGUGGGGGUUU